AUGAGAAUCUACUCCUGUCACUUCUGUUCAUCGCCGGUGUACCCCGGCCACGGGAUCAUGUUUGUGCGGAACGAUGCCAAGGAAUUCCGCUUCUGUCGCUCGAAGUGCCACAAGGCGUUCAAACAGAAGAGAAACCCAAGAAAACUCAGGUGGACAAAGGCUUUCAGAAAGGCUGCCGGAAAAGAGCUCGCAGUCGACUCCACGCUCACCUUUGCAAGCAGACGCAAUGUUCCGGUGCGCUACAACAGAGAUCUUGUUGCUACGACGCUCAAGGCCAUGUCGAGAAUCGAGGAGAUCAGACAGAAGAGAGAGAGAGCGUUCUACAAGAACAGAAUGAGAGGAAACAAGGAGAGACAGCUUGCUGCCGACAGAAAGCUCGUGGAGGAGAACCAGGAACUGCUGAGAAUGAGAGAAGUCGAGCUCAGAAUCAAGGCAGAGAAGGAGGCCGCCAAGGCACAGAGAGAACAGGAGGAAGACGAGAUGGACGAGGACGAGGACAUGGAGAUGGAGAGCGAAGAGAGCGAGGCGGAAGAACAAGCGCAAAAGAUCCUGCUCAAGAACAAACGCAAAACCAAGGUCAAAUUCUAA